UUAGAUUAUGGGUCUCAUGUUGGGGGGAGGUGGGUUAUAACUUUAACAACAUAUACAAUCCUUCUUCUUCUCCUUUUCAUGGCCUGACCCCAUUUACAGGCACGCUCUAGCCCUCUUUUUGGGACAAACAGUCUGAGUAAUUCUUUUGCUUUUCUCUUUCUUGGGGUCUCUGACACAUAAUACAUGAUUUUUGGUGGAAUGGAUUAUUUUCUCUUUAAAAGUUUUGCCCAUUACAAUCAACUUUGAAGUGGGUUUUGAUCUCAUGGGACUAACUUAAAACACCAUUUGAUCGAAGACCAGUUCAGAACAGACUCCUUAAAAUUUCAUCUCUUUCUCUCUAUCUCUGUAUAUUGAUUUGAUAUUCUGGAACUAUAAAUGCAAUGAAGAUCAGAGGGAGAAGAGAUGCUGCAUUCAGUUUCAUCAUAUUUAUCUGGUUCUGGAUUAUACCUGCAAAUUGUAUGCUUUCUCCAAAAGGUGUGAACUUUGAAGUGCAAGCUUUAAUGGGUAUUAAAGAUUCACUGAUGGAUCCUCAUGGUGUUCUUGACAAUUGGGAUGGAAACUCUGUUGAUCCGUGUAGCUGGACAAUGGUCACUUGUUCUGCAGAAAGCCUAGUCGUUGGAUUGGGGGCACCAAGCCAGAGCUUAUCCGGCACUCUUUCUCGCAGCAUUGGCAACUUAACGAAUCUCCAGAUAGUCCUGUUGCAGAACAACAAUAUAUCAGGAACAAUUCCAACCGAGCUUGGAAAACUGUCAAGGCUUCACACACUUGAUCUUUCAAACAACCAUUUCAAUGGAGAAAUCCCAACUUCAUUGGGUCAAUUAAGGAACCUCCAAUACAUGAGGCUCAACAACAAUACUCUAUCUUGGAAGAUUCCAGUAUCAUUGGCUAACAUGACACAGCUUGCAUUCCUGGACGUUUCCUUCAAUAAUUUGAGCGGUCCUGUUCCUAAAUUUCCUGCUAAAACAUUCAGCGUGGUUGGGAAUCCGUCUAUCUGCGCUACUGGGUCUGAAGGAGACUGCUAUGGAAGCACAUUAAUGCCAAUGUCAAUGCCCUUGAAUGGUUCAGAAAUCACUCCUUCAAUGAAACAGAGGAAUCACAAAGCUGCGGUCGUCUUAGGCUCAACCGUGGGAUUUAUAAGUCUGCUCACUCUGGCUAUUGGGAUUUUCCUUCAAUGGAGACAGAGGCGCCACAAGCAACUGUUUUUUGACGUCAAUGAUAAACAGCACGAGGAGAUUACACUCGGAAACUUAAGAAGGUUCCAAUUCAGGGAGCUUCAAAUAGCGACGGACAAUUUCAGUAACAAGAACAUACUUGGUAUAGGCGGGUUUGGAAACGUCUACAAAGGCUAUCUUCGUGACGGCACGGCUGUAGCUGUCAAGAGGCUCAAAGAUGGGAGCACCGUUGGCGGUGAGAGACAGUUUCAGACCGAGGUAGAAAUGAUCAGCCUGGCAGUUCAUCGGAAUCUACUUAGGCUAUACGGUUUCUCUAUGACUUCCACAGAAAGACUUCUCGUCUACCCUUUUAUGUCCAAUGGAAGCGUAGCUUCCCGCCUUAAAGGGAAACCAGUAUUGGAUUGGGGAAUUAGGAAGAGGAUUGCUUUGGGGGCUGGAAGAGGGCUUUUGUAUCUUCACGAGCAAUGUGAUCCAAAGAUAAUCCAUAGAGAUGUGAAGGCGGCGAAUAUACUUCUGGAUGACUAUUGUGAUGCGGUCGUGGGUGAUUUUGGGUUGGCGAAGCUUUUGGAUCAUCAGGAAUCACACGUGACGACGGCCGUAAGAGGAACGGUGGGCCACAUUGCGCCGGAGUAUCUCUCCACUGGGCAAUCGUCAGAAAAGACGGAUGUAUUCGGGUUUGGUAUUCUCCUACUUGAAUUGAUCACAGGACAAAGAGCGCUAGAAUUUGGCAAGGCAGCCAACCAAAAAGGAGCAAUGCUAGAUUGGGUGAAGAAGAUUCACGUAGAGAAGAAACUUGAUCUUCUUAUAGACAAGGAUCUAAAGGAGAAUUAUGAUGGAAUUGAGCUUGAAGAGACUGUGAAAGUUGCUCUUUUGUGCACUCAAUAUCUUCCGGGGCAUCGGCCGAAGAUGUCGGAGGUGGUGAGGAUGCUUGAAGGAGAUGGGCUUGCGGAGAGAUGGGAAAUCUCUCAAAGGGUGGAUUCAACGAAGUAUAAACCCCACGAUUUUUCAUCGUCGGGACGAUACUCUGACCUCACCGAUGACUCUUCCCUUCUAGUCCAGGCCAUUGAGUUGUCUGGCCCAAGGUGAGUUAUAAUUUACAACCUUAAGCAACUCUACAAAGGUAGUAGUAGAAAUUGAAUGGAGAAUUUUUGUUUUAUGUUUGUAGUUAAUAGUAUAAUAGAUGUUGUAUACCAUGCAUGCAUAGAGAGGUACAAAGGGUAUCCUCUUUGUGGGAGUUAUUUUACUACUACUUACUGUAUAGUAUUCUGAUUUCAUUUCAUGGUUUAACCUAUGAUUUGUAUUACAUUUGUUCUUAGGGUAUUUUUUGUGUUUUGGCAUUUGAGUGAGGAUUUUGUUACAAAUACAAAAUUCCAUUUCCUCAACUUGUAAUAUUUUAAUAGAGAAUAUACAUUUAUAUGUUCUUA